AUGGUCACGAAUUUGACGAAGGCCGGGGAGUCGCUUAUUAUCUUUGACAAAAGCCAUGCAGCCGCAGAGGCGGUGGCAGGCGAAGCGGUCAGAGCAGCAACAAGUGUGGCAGAGGUUGCUCAGAAUGCGGAGGUGGUCUUCUCUGCAUUGCCAGACGACAACGUGCUGCAGGCAGUAUCUUCGGAGCUUCUGCCGGCUUUGGCAGCUCGAGGCGGUCGCCCGAUUCAUGUUUCUUGCUCGACCGUGUCGCCGAGCAUUUCACGAUCCUUGUCUGAGGCGUAUGAAGCCAGAGCCGUGGGCUUCGUGUCCGCUCCCGUCUUCGCACGUCCUGAUGGAAUGCGACGUGGUGAAGCGACAUUCCCGGUGAGCGGACCAGACUGGGCGAAGAGCAGGGUGGUCCCCUUGCUGCAGAAGACUGCGCUAGGUGUUCAUGAUUUUGGCGAGGAUGCUGGUGCAGCCAACGUGGUCAAGCUUGGGGGGAAUUUCCUUAUUGCUGCUGCGAUUGAAUCGAUGGCGGAGGCAUCGGCACUGGCAGAGGGCUAUGAUGUUGACCGGGAGAAAUUCAUGUCCCUGAUGUCCUCUACUAUUUUCGACUGCUUGAUUUACAAAGGAUACGGUCAUCGUGUAGCUGCCAGAGACCAUCACCCUUACCCUGAUGCCCAUUUUGCACUGGACUUGGGCAGCAAGGACGUUUCGCUUGUGCAUCUCGCGGCUGCACAGGCACGCUGCCCCAUGCCACUGGCUUCCCUCCUCCGUGAUCGGUUCGUGGCAUCGCAGAAUGCAGGAAGAGGCAAGCUUGAUUGGUCGGCUGUGGCACUAAAGGCCUCAGAGGAGGCAGGCAGCAAACAGGCGCGUAUCAGAAACUGGAGUUUGGAAGAUGGCACAGGCCCUAUGCCCAAGUGCAGACUGCGCGACUUGCUGUUGCAGGGGCUCAUAGAGAUCGCCUUCGACGUCCUGUCGGACAUGUCUGGAUCAGUUGGGAAGGACCUCCCUCACGGUGGCGAAGAGCUCGGCCGAGGGAGCAUCCGUGCGUCCACAGCACCCGAGCAGCAGGCUCCAGCAGUGGGUCCGCCCACCUCGGGAGCACCACGGCUACGGGCGCUGGACGCUACACUGGAGUGCGUGGACAUCAAGCGCUCCGCAAAGCACGACCUCAGCUUACCCAAGGUCCGGCAAAGCUACAUUGACAGGAUCGCAGCUAAGGAGUUUGACGCCGUGCUGCUAUCGCCACAGUGUGCUACCUUUUCCCGAGCUGCGUGGGCUAACUUUCGUGGUCCGCGACGUGUUCGCAGCUACCAAGAACCACGCGGGCUGCAGACGCUAACUCCCAAGGAACGCGAUCGUGCUAUCCUUGGCAACAUCUUCGCGGACUUCGCCUUUGAGGUCGCUAGCCUGGUCCGAUGGCGCAGCUACCUUCUUCGCGAUGGAGCAGCCCGAACACCUGGGAGCGCUAGCGAAUGGGCGGUGGGAAGCCUUUCCACGAUGGAGGCGGGCUAUGCUCGCCAGGCAAGUGGCCUCACCAUGCCAAGAGCUACGCCGAUGGAAGCUUACCGCAUGGCAGCGAAGAGCGAGCUGGGCUGUACGGACCUCGCGGAGCCGGGGUUGCUAGACGUGGCCACGGGGCAACCGCUAUACCUCAAGCUGCUCCGUGCCAUGCUACGCGACUUCCUCCGACAGGCGGAGGAGGGGCUACCAGUGGGCUGCGCUAGCCUGGGUCCCGAACUAUGGCUCUGCGAGGCCCGACGUCCCCUGCACAUGCUAGACUUUGCGCUGAUGCACGAGUCCCUGGGGCGUGGGGCCGUCGUUGCGCUAGACUGGGAAGGCCUAGGAUGGUUCAAGGUAACCUGGCCCCUUGACGCUAUACCCACGAUGCGACGCGUGCUCUGUGGAUGGCUGGCAGACCGCUUGGAGGGAGGGGACCGGCUACAGAAGCCUGUUUCGCUGCUGGAAGGCAACUUCUUCACGGACGCUAAGGCCGAGGAUGGCCGGGCCUGGAUAGGAUUCCUGGAGCUCGUGCCGGGGUGCCAAGGCCCCUGGUGCUCGCCAGAGGUCAGAAGUACAACGUGGCCCGCUCUUUUUGCGUCCCGAGAAGACCCCUGCAGCCUUCAACAACUCGGUGAAAACCCCAGCCGCCCUAGCCUCUCGCUUUCAGCGCAAUCCUGCGAGCCGGGAGGGGCGCAGCAGGCUGCCUGCCACCUUCAUGUUCUGGAUCCGACGGUUCUGGGGCGGGGAGGCUGGGGGGAAGAUUUUCUGGAUCCGGAACGUGCGGGAAGCGACCGAUCAGCGAUCGCAAUCGAUUCGAGUCGCGUUUGUUCUUCUUUUCGCGCUGUGCCUGCCGAGCUCAACAGACACGUGUCCCCCACGUUUGUCCGAAAUUCUGUAAAGCUUUCGUCUCCCCCCACCCCCGAGUUUUAA